AUGAAUGACAGCGGGGGUUAUGUAAGGAGCCACGCGGGGCAGGAGUGGACAGUCCGAGCGGAGAUCAGGCUGCCGCUGUUGCUCUUAUCCACUUUGCAGGUUCUUCCUCCCUCUUCAGCGUGCCCCUCGCUCUGUCCCGUGCGCCUUCUCCAAUUCAAACUCCUCCAGCAGAAAUGCCACUCCAGCGCCGUCUCUGAUCCUAAAAACACCAAACAAACACUGGACGCACGGAUAGUGGGGGCAACCUCUCGCGGACCGCCCUCUCGCCUCGCACUUUCACAAUGUCCAGGUCGCGGGACACAUGGCAGCGGCGUCCAGUGGCCGAGCGAGUGUGUUGUUAUUGGUCCUGUGCUUAAAACCAAUGAGCUGUUCACAGACCCCAGAGGCCUUCUGAAUAUGUCCUGCACCAACGUCGAACUCCGACAGAUUGUCCAUCACAACACACAGGACCCCUCAAAGGACCUCUGGCACACCGUCCCGCUGCUAACUCAUGGCUGCACCAUUACCCCCUCCUCCUUCAUUUACCCCUUUCCCCCCAGCACCGCUGCGCUCCACCUCUUUGGCUCUGCCCUCCCCAGUCCCAGUCUCCAGCACAACUUUCUGACCCACUUCCUCUCUCCUCCCUGGCCUCCUGAUCAAAGCCUGCAGGACGGCAUCGCCUUGGGCAGCGGAGAGGGAGCGCGCACCAGCAACGGGGGGAUGAAGGGAUCGCAGCUGAAAGAGGGAGAGAGGAAGAGACAGAUAGAGAGGGGAUAG